AUGGGAAAAAUUCUCUUUCAUAUUGUUUCCGGAAUGCUGGCAGCAGUAGCAGCUUCAGUAGGCAUAUGCAUAUGGAUUUUCACGAGUCCAGGAUACCAGAAAUGGCUAGAUGAUGAAUUCAUGGAUGUCCCUAGAUUGAAUUUCAUACCCUUGCCUGAUGACAAAAAAAGUAGUCUCAUUCGAUUGCAAUUGUCUAACAAAACCAAUCCCGUUAAAUGGACGGACAAUCUUAUGUCUUCUCUAGACAAGUAUUAUGCUCCUAGCAAGAUGGAAAAAGGAACCGAUAACAUAAUGUACGAUUGUUCAUACCAGAACUUUCCACCAGAAGGCAAAUUUUGUGUGGUCGACAUAAGCGAAUGGGGACCUUGCAUCCGUGAUAACUAUUUUGGCUAUUACAGAGGAACACCCUGUGUUUUCCUGAAACUGAAUAUGAUAAACGGAUGGGUGCCAGAGUAUUACAAUGACCCCAAUGAUCUUCCUGAACUCAUGCCAGAACAGCUCAAGAACCAUAUUAGAUUCAACCUCACCGGAUCAGAGAGGGACCGUAUCUGGAUAUCCUGUGAGGGAAAAAAUCCAGAAGAUGAACAGGUUUUGGGACCUGUUCAAUAUUAUCCUUCAACCCAAGGGUUGGCAGGAUACUAUUUUCCGUACAAGAAAGCCGAAGGCUACUUGAGUCCUCUUGUUGCUGUUGAAUUCAAAGGACCAACUACCGGUAAAGUUAUAAAUAUCGAAUGUAAAGCAUGGGCCAAAAACAUCAAGCACAACGGAACUGGAAUGGCUCAUUUCCAAUUGCUCGUAGAUUGAGAAAAGAGAUCAUGAAUAUAACAAUACCGAUCUUUCAAUUCGAUAUUAGGUAUCAUUAUGACUGGUUUCAUGGAAUGCGAUGAUGGCUAGUUUUGACCAGAAAGAAGAAAUUAUGACACCCACAAAAAUUUGUACUUGUAUCAAUUUGUUGUUUUUAUAUAUAU